GUUCCGCAUUCCCAUAUAGUGGAUUCCCUGGUGACAUCCGGAAUCCGUUUCUUAUUGUUCUCGGACAGAGUUUUUCCUCAUCAAGUACUCCUAAACUCGCGGUCCUGUGCAAUACUGAAGUUUGAUUCUUAGGAUUCUUUCCUGAGAGGAAAUUUGGAAGUCAACGGCUGUCUCCGGAGGGAGCCGAGAAGGCGAAGGUCACUUCCGGCGGGGGGAGAGAAGUCUUUUGUUUUUGUUUUUGUUUCUUCCUGAUCCGGGAUGGAGGUGGCGGAGGAAUUGCGCUUGGAAGAGGGGAUCCUGCAGUUCGCCCGCGAGCCGCGUCUGGGCCUGGACUCGGGAUGGAGACCUGGAGAAGGCUGUACUCAGAGCCUCAGAGACUUCCCGCCCGGGCCGACCCAAGCCGUCCUCCCUCUAAAGAGCCUCCCCCGGGGCUUGGCCCUUGGCCCCUCUCUUGCCGAGGAACAGCGCUUGGGGAUCUGGUGUAUCGGGGAGCCCCUGCAGCCGGGACUGCUCUGGAGGCCGCUGGAAGAGAAGGCUGUCUCUGAGCAGAAGGGCAAAGGAGCGAAACCAUGGCAGGAGAAGGACAUGUCACCAGGCCCAUGGGGAGAUGUGUGUGCUUGUGAGCAGAGUUCAGGCUGGACAAGUUUGGUGCAGCGGGGCAGAAUGGAGGGUGAGGGAAACGUGGCCCCUGUGUGGAACAGUGAGAGACUCUACCUGCAGGUGUAUCAAGUUGUACCGCCAGGCUUUGAGCUGCUACUGUGGCCCCGGCCUCCCUCUCAAAGCCUGAGCCCUACCCAGCCCAGGCUAGAAGAGGCAGCCACGGCUCUAGUGACAGAAGUAGAGUCCACUAUACCACAGGAAGUGGCCUCCCCUGGGGAAGAUGCAGCAGAACCUUGGACAGAUCCUGGUCACCAGUCACCCUGCACCAUGCAGGCAGAGCGUAUGAUGAGCUCUGGACCUAAGCCCCACACCCAGGACCAACUUUCUAGAGAGAGCCAACCACUUGACCCAUUGCCUCAGGUUGGCAGUUUGGACAAAGAAGACCUACCCCAGACACAUAUGCCACCUGAACCUCAAAGCAGCUCCACUACCCAGCAGGAGCUGGAGAGCAGUGAGGCCAGUUCCUUAUCUUCUGCCAGCACUCCCCAGCUGCGUGCUUACCUGGUCAAGAAGUCAUGUAGCCCCCGUGAUCAAUGCCUAUCCAGAGCAAGAACCUCAGCACCCGUGGCCCACCAGACUGGUGAGCAGCUGCACCCUGGCCUCCCUGCAUGCUUGCAGAGCUCUCCUGGCCCAGCAAAAAGAGCCCCAAAACAGGGGCAAUGGUACCCGUGUGGGGAGUGUAGCAAGGCCUUCUUGCAGCUAUGCCACUUGAAGAAGCACGCAUUUGUAAACACAGGCCACAAGCCCUUCCUUUGCACUGAGUGUGGCAAGAGCUAUAACUCGGAAAGCUUCAAAGCCCACAUGCUGGGACACUGUGGAGUGCAGCCCUUCCCCUGCCUGCAGUGCGACAAGGACUACAGCACCCGGCGAGACCUUAGAGAGCAACAGGUGGUACAUUCAGGUGCUCGGCCCUUUACCUGUGACCAAUGUGGCAAGGCCUUUGCUUGUCGGCCCUCUCUGCGGCUGCACCGCACUGCCCCUGCCCCUUCCCCAUGCCCGUGCCCCGUGUGUGGGCAGCUCCUGGCGAACCAGGGCUCUCUGUGGAAUCACAUGCUGCUGCACAUGGGGGAGAAGCCCUUCCUGUGCCCACACUGUGGCUGGGUGUUCCACCAGCAGGGCAGCCUGCAUGGGCACUUGAGGCUGCAUAUGGGGGAGCGCCCUUACCACUGCCCACACUGUGCUGACGCCUUUCCCCAGCUGCCUGAACUGCAGCGCCACCUCAUCUCCCACACUGGGAAGGCCCACUUGUGCCCGUGUGGGAAGGCCCUUCGAGACCCACACACGCUGCGUGCUCAUGAGCGCCUGCACUCAUGCGAGAGGCCCUUCCUGUGCCCACAGUGUGGCCAUGCCUACACACUGGCUACCAAGCUCCGGCGCCACCUCAAAUCCGACCAGACUGACAAGCCCUACCACUGCCCCACCUGUGGCAUGGGCUACAGCCUCGCCCAGAGCCUGAAGCAACACCAGCUCAGUCACCAGCCUGGGGCACCCUCCAGCUCACCCUGUGCUGAGCCCACUGUGGUGCUACUGCAGAAAGUGUCAGAACUGCAGGCACUGGCUCCCGCCCGGGACGCCUUCCAGGUCACCAUUUCCGAGCACUAAGACAAUUGCUUUGUGCUGCCUGAGGAGCCGGGCCCUGCCCCCCACCUGGUGCUCCUCCGUAAGGACACAGGCUUUAGUACCUGGGCAGAGGUGGUGGAGGUGGAGAUGGGCACCUGACAGCCUUGCCUUUCCCGGAAGAGUUCUAUGUGAA